AUGCUCUCCUGCUUCCUGCCUUCAAUGCGGAGUUCUCCUUCCCCGUGCUCAACCUGGUGGAUCCAGUGGUCCUCUCGCUCCUCGACUCACAAGGAACCAUCCUCAGCCAGACCUGUAAACGUCAUUCGCUCUUGGUGCGGUAUUAAGAAUUCCGUUGUGGUCCCACCUCAUUCUCUCCUGCCUGCCACGUCAUCCCCAUCCUGUCAUGUCAUGAUGACAUCCACAUUCUGUGCCACAGCCCUCAGAGUGCCUGCAAUAGUGGAGAAGCGGUUUCGAGAUGAGAUGCUGACGUGGACCAAUGGCGCGCGAGUUCAUGUCAAGUCCAGCUUCAUGCUGACAGGGAUGGAGAAAGCAAGGAUUGCAUCCAUGGUUCGGCAGCAGGUUGAGUUGAGUCAGCGAGACGUGGGAGCAAGCGACAAGGAGGAGGAUGGGAGUGAAAGGUUGAGUGUAGUGGGUGGCGAGGAGGGAGGGAAUGGGGAGGAAGCACAGAAGGAACAGCGAGGGGAGCAGGAUGAAAAAGAGGGCGGAGAGGAGGGCGGAGAGGAAGGGGGAGAUAAGGGGGUAAAGGAGGGGGCAGUGGAGAGGGGAGAUGAGGUGGGAAAGGAGGUAGAAAAAAGGGAGGGAGGGGAGGUGCAUGCUAAUUUGCUCGCUUUAACCGGGGCAGGUUCGGUCACUGCUGCUGGUGCUGUUGGCCUGGAGGUCCAAACCAGUGCAGGUUCGGAAGCCUGGGGUUCGGCAGGUUUGGGAUCCGAACGUGGCGCAGGUUCGGGCAGCAGAGGGGCCACAGGCUCGAGUGUGGCUCGGGAUAUUUUCUUCUCCAAAGCUGCUACUGUUUCAGCUGUUCCAACGACCUGGAUUGGCAGCAGCAGCAACAGCAAUGGUGGUGCGAGCAGUUGUCGCCUGGGUGAUUUCCUCUUCGGUGCCACAAGAGAGGAGGCUCCCUUAUCCUCCUUCCCGCCCCGUAGGGGCGCGCUAGGGGGGAAGCAGGGGGAGCUUGUGGGAAGCGGGGAGAGCGUGGUGGUGGGGAGGACUGGGGUGAUGGGGAGAAGCGAGGGUUUGGGGAGAGGGGACGGCUUGGGGAGGAGGGAGGGUGGGGGGAAGGGGGAGCACUUGGGGUUGCUGCUGCAGCGGUGGGCAGAGGAUGACCGGUUUUGGGAGGAGGUGCGCAGACAGCGGAGGGAGGGGCAACAGGUGGGGCAGGGAGGGCAGGGAGGGCAGGGGGAGCAGCGGGUGUUGAGGAGAGGGCAGGGCGCUGCUGGUAGUGCCGGCAGUUUGAGGGCACUCGUUGGAGCCCCAGCGAGGUCGGAAGGGAGUGUGAUGGGCAGGUUGGAAGGAGGAGGAGAUUUGAGAGGAGGAGGACGAGGAGACGACGAAGGAGAGGAGCUGGGAGGAAGAGGCGGAAAAGGAAUGGCAAUGCGAGUGGCAGCAGGAGAGACGGCAGCUGCUGAGGCAGCUGCAGUGGGAGGAGAGGGGAGAGAAGGAACGGAGGAGGAGGAGGAGGGAGUGGAUUCAGGUACAACAGGAGACCAGACUGGUUCCAAAACAGCUUCAGUGGAUCUGAACGCGGCAACGGCUGAAGCAGGAGCAGCGGUGAGCAUGUCAGCAGCAGGCAGGGCAGCAGCGCUAUCAUCACCAGCAUCACUGCAAGAAGGCCCAGCCACCCCAGAAGGUUCAGCCACCCAAGGAGCGGCAGCAACGGCAGGUGUAUGUGACAUGUCCAGCAUGCGCUCCAAGGAGAGGCGUGGCAUUCACAGCAGCAGCAGGCGAGAGAGCAGCAGGCGGGAAAGCAGCAGAAGAGACAGCAGCUGCCCCAGCAGCAGCGCUGCAACCGGCGCUGCAACGUACGGCCAGACCGCGUCCCCUUAUGAGCAAUCUCCUUGUAAGAGCUCCCCGCUGAAGCGACGCCCGCGUGCCAGCCAAGGGGCUCUGGAUAGCGGUCAGAUUGUGAACCAGAGCGGUGGGAUGGAGUAUGGCAGUCGGUGGAGUGCUACCAGUGGCUGGACUGACACUGGCACUGGGAGCUCCAGCAAGAGCGCCUCAGACAGUGCUGCUAGUCUGUGCAAUGGCAAUGCCAGUCUCAGUGCUAGCCGCAGUGCUAGUCGAGGGGUUGUGAAGGGAGGGAAGGGAGAAAUGGGUGAGGGAGGGAAGGCGGAGAGGGAGGGGGAGGGGGUGGAGAGGAGGCAGCAGCAGGGGCAGCGGAAGGGGAUGAGGAGGGUGAGGAGGCGAGCAGUUGCAGAGAAGGUUGGGGUGGUGGGGCAGGUGCAGCGGUGGAUGGAUGGCCUGGGGCCUAUCGCUAAACAUGUGCUCGCCAUCGGGGGAGUGGCUGUGCUGGCAGCAGCAGUGCUCAUACCGCGCCGUCCCAGGCAGCAUGUGGAGGCACUGACGCCCCUGCAGGUGGCGCAGCGAAUGAGGAAUGGGAGUGCCAAGGAAAUGGAUGGAAAGAUCUGGAUCGUGAGGCCUGGAGACACCCUCUGCUCCCUCGUGCCCCGAGCCGCCUUGUGUGAUCCCAACUCCGAAUUCUUCAAGCGCAACCCCGAGGUGAGAGGCAACCCCAAGGUGAGAUGCAACCCCGAGGUGAGAUGCAACCCCGAGGUGAGAGGCAACCCCGAGGUGAGAUGCAACCCCGAGGUGAGAUGCAACCCCGAGGUGAGAUGCAACCCCGAGGUGAGAUGCAACCCCGAGGUGAGAUGCAACCCCGAGGUGAGAUGCAACCCUGAGGUGAGAUGCAACCCCGAGGUGAGAUGCAACCCCGAGGUGAGAUGCAACCCCGAGGUGACAUGCAACCCCGAGGUGAGACGCAACCCCGAGGUGAGACGCGUGUCAUGGCCUUGA